AUGCAUGUCUCAUCUAUCUAUCUAUCCAUCUAUCAAUCUAUCUAUGUAAAUCUAUAUCGCGCCACUCUCUCGCUUUCUCUUUAUCUCUGUUUCUCACAGAGAAACAUGCAAAUGAUACUUGCAAGAACUGCUGCCUUGUCACCGCCAUGGAUAUUGAUGGAUAAGCGUUUACUUCCGUUGUGUCGAUGCCUACUUCCUGUGGUCAAGUAUAAUAAUAGCACGCAUGAAGUAUUACAGAUUUUCGCGGCCUCUGCUCGUGUCGAGACACGUUUCACGGUCAGUGUUCCGAGUUGCCGCUUUCAGCUGCUGACAGCAGUAUCAGAUGAUGUUUCGUCGACGCAUAUAGACGAGCUACUCUGCAAUUACAUAGUAGUUCUCUGUCUAUCUCUUUUUGUCAUGUCUUUUCAGGAAGUCAGCGAUUAUUGCUCUCCGCGCCAUCCUAUCAUUUUUAUACUUUUAAUAAUUAUUUCUUUACGAGUAUUUUUUUUAUUUGAUGUAAAAUAUUUUUCAAAUAAUAUCUAUCUAUCUAUCUAUCUAUCUAUCUAUCUAUCUAUCUAUAGUGUUAAUUUAAAGCUCGCCUUUCGUUCCCAUCACACUCUUGCUCCAGCAUUAUUUUCUUUUUAUCAUUAUUUUUAUGACAUCUAUCUCCAAGUGUUUUAUGCGUGUUUUCCUAUUCCUGUACCUGUCAUGAUCUAUCUAUCUAUCUAUCUAUCUAUCUAUCUAUCUAUCUAUCUAUCUAUCUAUCGUCCAAAACAAAAUACAAUUGGAUCAAAAGUCUAA